ACAAAAACCCAAGGGGCAAGCAGCGAUACAAAAGAGUAUAGACAGCAUAUAUUUCGAAGUAACCGUUGUUGUGCACUUGUAACCCCAUUUCUAUUUUCGACCAUCUCUUCCUUCCUCCUCCAUUUUUCCUCUCCUUCUUUUUCCAUAACUCCAUCUCCUUCUUGACCCAAUAAAAAAAAAAAGAACAGGAAAGGCAAGGGUUAUAAUUUUUAGUUGUGAAAAGAGAUGAUUCCGCAGCAAUGGGCACCGCCGUGUAACAAUCAGUGCACCCAUAAAUACGCUGCUCUCAUGCAAAUCCCUUGGAGAGUCUUCUGCAAAAAAGGAUGUGAUGCUGAUGGCGAGUCAUGGGAUGAAUGUUUGUCAGAAUGUGAGGAAAUAUGCUAUAAAAAUCCAGUUCUGAAGGAUCAACAGUGGAGUGCUUACAUUGAUCGAUCCCCUGGUGCUGCCAGCUGCUCUGAGUUAUUCGAAUGUGCACAAAGAGGUCUCUGGAGAAAAAUGACUGAAUUCUUAUCCAAAGAGGAAAGGAAUUGUUCCAUCAUUAUUGGAAUACCGUUUGGGACUGAGGAAUGCUUUCAUGCUUGUGUAGCUGGCUGCGGAUACAAGUUUGAUGUUCCUUCCCAAAAAGUCGAUCAAAUCCAUCCGAGCAAGCCUCUCAAGCCUCCUCCCAAAGAGAAGCCGGCCAUGCCUGCUGUUAAAAGAAUACCACCCCUUGAAUCCAGCCAACUCAUUGAUGAUGUACCUGGGACUUCCGCGUAGCAGCAGUGGAUCUAACAGUUGCGAUAACUGGGAAUCUAACAAUAGAUUUUGAUGAUGUACCUGGGACUUCCACAUAGCAGCGGUGGAUCGAACAGUUAAGAUAACUGGGAAUCUAACAAUAGAUGUAUUCAGAAGGAAUGCAUAUAUUUUAUUCUACUAGGAUUACUGGCAUAACUCGUUAUGUUUUGUCACAACAUAUUAGAUGCAGUAGUAGUUUUGGUUCUUUUGGAAAAUUGGCAAGAAACUUGAAAUCUUACAAACAGUCAUAGACAAGUGUUUCAUGUUAUCAUGAGAAGAACAUUUUGUAUUACAUAGCUAAAAUUGUUGUCUCAUUUGCAAA